AUGACAUCUAAACUGAAGGCAGUAAGAGCAGGACAGAGAAGUGCUGUAACCAGACUUCUAAAAAGACUGGAUGAAGAAAAUACAAAUUCAGAGGAAAUUGAGACAAUUUUGGAGACAUUAACGGACAAACAGGAAAUUCUUCGAGAUCUGGAUGAAAAUAUUCUAACAGAAACAGCAGAGGAGGAUAUUGAGAGAGAAAUACUGGAGACAGAUGAGUACAAUUUCAAUCUUAAUUCUAAAAUGAGGAAAUGUAAGAAACAUUUCUUGGAACAAAAUGCAGUUGCCAGCAGUUUCUUAGAUCAAGAUGAGAAUUCGCAAUUAGGAGGGAAUAGUCAAUCAUCACAUAAUUUUAGAGAAAAUUCCAGAGGUCAUCAGUCCUUUACAAGCUUUUCCAAUUCAAACAGUGCUAACUUUCACAAACUACCAAAACUAAACUUACCCAUUUUUGAGGGAAAUGUGUUGGAGUGGCAGUCAUUCUGGGAUUCAUUCGAUUCGGCUAUUCAUAGCAACAACACAUUGACAGAAGUUCAAAAGUUUAAUUACUUAAAGUCUUUAGUAGCAGAAGAGGCAUCGAACACCAUUUCAGGAUUUGCACUCACACAUGCAAAUUACAACAGAGCGAUUGAGCUUCUACAUGAAAGGUUUGGACAAAAACACAAGAUAACUCAGUCCUACAUGCAAGCACUCUUGGACCUACCCGCUCCCAAGAAUAAUCUCACAAGCCUGCGUCAUUUUCAUGACCAAGUGGAGACAUACAUCAGAGGUUUAGAAUCUUACGGACAAGCUCAAGAUACAUACGGUUCUCUUCUAGUACCUGUGAUUCUGAACAAAUUACCUACUGAAAUACGCAAGAAUUUGGCACGUGAACAUGGCUCUACUGACUGGUUACUAGGCGACUUACGAAAGGCUCUUUACAAGGAACUUCACAUACUAGAAGCAGGAACUCAUAUGGACACAACAGAAGACCGUGCUACAGCUAUAUUAUACAUGCACUCUGAAUCCAGUGAUGAGCAACCACAACGGAACUACAGUCCUCGGAAUCAUCGAGUAUGCUGUACAUUUUGCAAGGAGUCACAUCAUUCAAGUGGAUGUACAAGAUACAUAAAACACAAUGACCGGAUGAAAAUUGUCAGACGAGACAAACUGUGCUUUAAUUGUUUAGGGAGACAUUGUGUUGCAGAAUGUCAGUCAAAAUUCAAUUGUAAAAUUUGUAAAAGACGUCACCAUACAAGUUUGUGCACUGCUCAUAAUGCAGUCAAAACCAAAAGGAGGAAUACCCAUACAUUACAAGCAAAGGCUGAUUCUGAACUGGAUGCAAAGACCAGGGAAAUCAAGAAUCUACAGGACGAAAAUAAGAACUAUAAAAGUGUCAUUGCUACAUUGGAACAGCAGAUAUCAGAACAGAGGAUUUUGAGUGAGAAAACCAUGAAAGAUGUUAACAUUUUACAUACCCAGUUUGCAAUGCUUCAGACCAAAAUUCAUGCACAGUCAAUUGCUACAAAUCAGAUGACAGCUGAGAAUCAAGCUGAAGAGUUGAAGAAAAAAGAAGUUGAAGUUAAUACACUCAAACAGGAGAUACAACGGCUCAAAUCGUCAAAGGGGGCACCUCAAAGGAAACUUCAACAAGUUGGAGAAAAUAUUCACUCAGAUGUAGAGCAGCAGAGAGAAACUCCAAGAGAUCAAAUUACUGGUUUGAAGAGGGAGUCAGAGAUAGCCAAGAAACUAGAUAACAUUCAUAAGAAUAACCUAGAACAGAGUUACAGAGAGGAGACCCAGGAAAAGAUGAACAUUGUCAACCAAAUAGAAAAGGAACAAAACCGCUACACUAAUGAGAACAACAAUCUAACUCGGAAUUACGCAGAGGAUAACAAAGUUCAUGGCAUGCAGUUUGUUGAUUUCAAGAGGAUUUCCAAGGAUGACAGCAAUAUCAGGCAACAGGAGAAAACAUUCAAAACUUUCAGAGAUGUCGAGAGGACAUACAGUAAGAACCUCAUCGAGUCACGGGAUGAGAUCGCAGAGAUGAAGAGGAAGGUGAAGAUUAUGGAUCAUCAGAUUGAUCAGCAUAAGGAGCAAAUUCAAGCUAAAGAGAAUGCGUUCAUCAGGGAGUAUUUCGGACAUUAG